AUGAUAGUUGCUACAGGCCAUGGUAGGUCUGAAGUUUGGGUUAGUAGAUUACGUUCAAAAUCAUGGAAUAGAGUUGGAGACAUACCUUAUGGUAUAUCUGAUAUUGAUCUUUGUGUCAAGCCUUUAAAUGGAAUCAUUCACGGGGUGAGAAACUAUAAAGUUAUAGUUUCGGUGGAUAUAGUUGAAGAGCGAACCAAAGAAUUACAGAUACCUAGUCGCUGUCUGGAGGAAAAAGCAACGAGUGGGUAUGAUUAUAUGGAAGUCGGUGUUCUCGGAGAUGAACUUUACCUAUUAGUUAAUCCUAGACAUCAGGGAAACAUUGAUCUCUGGGUGAUGAAAGAUUAUGGAGUUGUAGAUUCUUGGACCAAAAUUAUCACCAUUUCGGAAUAUCAAACAGGAUUUGAAAAAUUAACGCCACUGGGGUAUCUCAAGAAUGGCGAGAUUCUAUUAAAGGGUGAACGUUUGACAAGCAAGGAUUCUUUAGUCUUAUAUGACCCCAAAAUCGGAAGACUUGUGACUUUGGAUACCCCCGGCAUGCCCGAAUAUUUCCGUGCCGCGACUUUGGUUGGAAGUCUAUUUUCAUUGUAUUCGGGCGUAUUCGUAAAGGAUUAA